GUCGCCAUGUUGUUCCCUAGGCGCUGGGCGGGAGCAGCCGGAGUCGGGCUCGGGGAGCGCCUUGGCGGCCGCGUCCGACUGUCUCGCUUUUCUCGGUGCCCUGGCCGGGCCGGGUCGGAGCUCCCGGGCGUCCUGGGUGUGGCGGCGAGAGAAAAGCUCCAGCUCACAUGCUUCCAUCCCUGCACUCAUCCUUAUUUCACAUGUGAUUCUAGGUGCAUUUCCCCCCUGCAGCUCCUUCAUGGACUCCCAGCAAGGCAACCAGGAAGACCAGAAACAAGAGUGGAAUGGCUGACACACACCUAUAUUAAGAUACUAUAAGGAAAUAAAUACAGCUCCAGUAAAAAUGGAAAUAAUUUAGAGAUUAUCCAUGCCUUUAUUUCCUUGGUUAGUUUCUUUGAGCCUCCUCAGUUUCUCAAGCUUUGAAAUGAAAUAUGUGGUAUGCCUCUAACUAGGACAUUUAGGAUGAAUGAAAAGAAACUGCCUGCAUUCCUAUGAGGAGCCUGGUGCAGUGGUGAAUCGCUUUCCCCCUGUUGUCCACGUCUAAGUGAAUUUUCCCAAGAGUCUGAGAGAUGAUGGUGAUGCUUGAACUGAACAACUAAGGGUUCUGAAGUCAGAGAUCUUGAGAUUAAUAAUGGCAGGAAAAUCCUCACUUUUUAAAGUAAUUCUCCUUGGAGAUGGUGGAGUUGGAAAGAGUUCUCUAAUGAACAGAUAUGUGACUAAUAAGUUUGACACCCAGCUCUUCCAUACAAUAGGUGUGGAAUUUUUAAAUAAAGAGUUGGAGGUAGAUGGACACUUUGUGACCAUGCAGAUUUGGGACACGGCCGGUCAGGAGAGAUUCCGAAGCCUGAGGACGCCCUUUUACAGAGGUUCUGACUGUUGCCUGCUCACUUUUAGUGUCGAUGAUUCUCAAAGCUUCCAGAACUUGAGUAACUGGAAGAAAGAAUUCAUAUAUUACGCAGAUGUAAAAGAGCCCGAAAGCUUUCCUUUUGUCAUUUUGGGCAACAAGAUUGACAUAAACGAACGGCAGGUGUCUGCAGAAGAAGCCGAAGCCUGGUGCCGGGACAACGGCGACUACCCUUACUUCGAAACCAGUGCAAAAGAUGCCACGAACGUGGCAGCGGCCUUUGAGGAAGCGGUGCGAAGAGUGCUUGCCACUGAGGAUAGGUCGGAUCACUUGAUUCAGACAGACACCGUCAGUCUGCACCGGAAGCCCAAGCCCACCUCCUCUUGCUGUUGAUCCUGAUGAGGUUUAACCAACUCACACACACAUACGAAUAAACAUGGGGAGAGGAGAAUUAGCAUCUGCAGCAAUAGAUCAUAUACUCAUAAAAUUAAACUAACCAUAUUGCUGCUCCAUACGUGGGUGGGAGAAGGGAUACAUUCACUCACAGAAGAAUCUUAUUUACUCAAUAAUGGCAUCUUACAUUUAUAAGUUGUAACGGUUGUCUAAUGUUUAAUUUAAAUAUGUAAGUUACAGAGCUAAUAAAUGAGAUGACCAAGACUUUGACUUUGUGAUUAAAACAAAACACUUGAAUAUUCUAGAAAUUGUUCUUUUCCUGGGAAAAUGGAGAACGACUUUUUAUAUAUGUAUAUUUUUAUGUAAUUAGCAUCUAUUCCUGGUUCAGAGGGAAAUUUCCUACAGCAAUAAUGUUAGAUAUUAAAGAUUAAAAUUGAGUGCAUCUGU